AUGUCGUUGAAGAAUCAGCUGAGAAUGUUGAAAAUGAACAGAAGAGCCAUCCAUGCAGAAGUAAAGCACCGGCUAAGGUUUGGAGAGACGGACGAUCUGGAUGAUGAAAGCAUUCUUGAUCUUGUUCCGAUAACGACGGAGUAUACCACACCGAAGAGCCUUGCUUUUGAUCGCCAGAGGCAGACAUGCAGGCAGGAAGCGAAGUUCAAUGUGAAGUUUUCGAAAUUUAUUAGAGAGCUGGUAAGAUACGGAGACAUGAAAGGAAUAGAGUAUUUGUUUGAGUAUCUUGUCAGGAGGUAUAUGUGCGAUGCAUUCAAUGCGAAGGAGAUGAUGUUUGCACUCCUACCGUUUAAGAAGUACUAUAUGCAUGUUUUGCGAUUGAGCAUUAGGACUGAGUUUAGCUACUUUGAGCAGCAGGCUGUGCAUUCAUGCCAGUUUGUUGGGAACAUGUGUCUGAAGGACAAGCAUUUUUUUGAUUUUUUUGCGGGGUAUUUUGAGUAUGCCAAGGAUGUACGAGUGUUCUGUGCAGAUGUUCUGGAGCAUGUUUAUGCAGGGAUAGGGAAGACGGGGAAGGAUUUUUCGAUGCAGUUUUUUGAGAUUGUUACGUGUCUUGUUGAAGUGGGGGAAUGGAGGAUGGCAGCUGAUGUGUAUGGUAAGGUCAGGAAGCAUGUGGAGGAAGCAUGCGACGAGUUUAUUGAAGUUCUGAAGCCGUAUGCUGAUCUGAAUAGCAUUGAUAUGAGGCAAGACGAUUCAAGCGAAGCAGAUGAAAUGAAGCCGUAUGAUGAAGAUGCGUAUUUUAAGAAAAUGCAUGAUGAUGGACAGGGUAGAGAGGUUCUGGGCAAUAUGGAGAGAUGUAAACGAUAUGUGCAAUGGAUGGUAAGAGAAAAGGUACGCGAUGGUGCAUACACUGGCAUUGAGCUAAAUGUGCUUUUGGAUUUGUAUGGGGGCGUGAAGAAUGAAGUUGAAGGAGAGAUAAUGGAGUAUGCAAACCUAUUGAGUGAAAUGAGUGAGAAAAAGAGAUUGAUUGAGAGGCUGGCCAGGUGUUUUGGCAAGGAGAUAAUGGUGUUGGCCAAGUGCAUGGGCAGUGAUGAUAAGGCCUACUUGGCAAUGCUAUUGCCUGAAGCAUGGAGAGGAUUGAUGACUGAAAGCAACCACUCAAUGGUGGUGAUGAGCAUUCCGAGAAGUGUUUUGAAGCAAGAGAUACAUGAUAUUAUGAAGAUGUGUCUUGGAUACACAAGCUAUGAUGCAAAGGUGUUUGUGAAUGAGCUUAAUAAUGAUAUGAUUCUGAUGCUUUUGAGGCAGUGCUGCAGCGAGGUUGAGAUACAGAAUAUUAUUGUGACAUCAAGAGCGAUUAGAAUAGAUCUGGCACCGCUUAUUGUUGGUGAGAGGCUAUAUGUGAUACCUGGAUAUUUAGACUAUCUUACGGAUGCAUGCCGAGAGAUGGAUUCUGAAACAAGCUUGAUGAUAGCUGAGGAAUUGAAAGGGGAGAUUGAGAAGAUGUAUGGUGGGGAGAUAAAUGCAUUGCUAUUGGAUUCUAUUUGUAGAUAUAUGCAUCGGGUAGAUGAUGCAAGAGCUGUGAAUCAGGUGGUGGAGAAGAUUGUUGGAGUUGGGCACACGUCGUCUGCUUUUUAUUCGAUGCUAAGAAUGCAUUCUGAAAUGCUUACGAUGGAUAUCUGUGAAUUGGUGCUGAAUGUGAAAGGGAUUGUAAAGGAGGUGCAUUGCGUAUUAGAAAGGCUGUAUGUGUGUAAAGAGGACGUUGUUGACGAGUGUCUUGAAGAGAAGAUGUAUGAUGCUCUUGUGUUUCUGUGCAAGAGGAAGGGCAUAUACACUGUCCUAAGGGGUAGGGAUGGCAAGGAAGUGAAUGAGCUUAUGAAAAUGAUGUGUGAAUAUGAUCUAGGCGAUGAAGAGAUGGAUGAGUAUGUGAAGUAUUGCUCAGAUCUUGUGAAGUCUGGAUCGAGGGAAAUGGUUGCAGUAUUGCUUGAUGAGAAGUAUAUACCUCAUCUGAUGAAGUGUGUAGGAACGGGUGGAUGGAGUGCAACAAAAGCUAUUUUGAUCGAACUUAUUAGACGGCAUGAGAAGUGCAGGCAAUGGUGCUUUGAUUACUUUGUUAAUAAUAGCAAUAAUUUUGAGGAAGAGCUUGAUCUUCUUGAGGAGAUAGCAGCAGAUGAAUGUAUUUGCAUUGAUGAGGAUCAAUUUAUGGAGAUGGUUUUGAGGUCGCCAGUGUAUUUCAGAAGCGGGGUUAUGGACACAAUGAUUAGGAAUGGCCUGUUGCAAGAUCUGCUAAGAUAUAUUCCUUAUGCUGUUCCGGGCAUGAUUGAGUUCAAGAAAUAUUCAGUACAAGUUUUUUUCGAGAAGUAUGGAGGAGUGAUGGGGAUGUAUGUUAAGGAUGUUAUUGUGAGGUUUCCGGAGAUUGCAGGCUGUUUGCAGGACAUGGAAGGCAGGCACCUCAUUCUUGGAGGAAUCAAAGCAUAUGAGUCAUGUUUUGAAAACAGAUAUGCUGAAUUUUUGUAUAAAGUGAUGAGUAGUCCUGGACUGGAAGUCUCUUUGGAAGUGUUGAAGAUUGCUGAGAGGUUUGUUGAGCGGAAUAUUAUGGAUUUGAGUAGCAAGUUGAUUGUAAGAACUGCUCUACUGUGCCUUGGAAAGCAGGGCAAUUCUAAUAAUGAUAUGGCAGGAAUGUUGAUGAAAGUGUAUGAGAAUAGAAGGAGGGUGUUUUUUGAAAUAUCGAAUGCAGGGUUUUCGAUCUGCCACGAAGUUUUUAAGCCUUAUAUGCAUGUGAUGGUUGAAAAUGCCAAGAAUAAUGACAUUGAGGCGAUUGUGUUUGUAACGAACUAUCUCUAUUGGGAUGAAGAGUAUAUAAUUGAGCACGGGAAGUUGGUGAGAUUGAUGUUUGAUUUUUACUGCAAUGAGGCAAAUGUGAUAUAUGCAAGAUGUAUAGGAAGUUUGUUGAAGCAUAAUGCCGAUGAGAUUCAGGCAACAAACAAUUUAAUUCUUGGAUUCAUGAAAGGAGACCGUGUGGUCAUGAUGCUUGAGCUACUUCAGGUAUUAUAUCAAAAGGUAUACGAGUACAAGAGAUGCCUGGUCAAGAGCUCUCCAUACUUUGCGCUUGUGGUUGAUAGCACCAACAAAGAGAUUUCAAGAGCAGCUAGGAAACUUUUCAAAGUAAUUGAAAAGAAGCACAACACGACCGGGUAUCAGAUACUUCAAUCAUAG